UACUUUCUGGUCAGAGAGAAGCAAUAAUUAUUAUUAACAUUUAUUAACGAUCAAUAAACUUGAUUGCAUUAUGGCCAGCACUAUUAAGGAGGCCUUAUCUGUCGUGAGCGAGGACCAGUCGCUGUUCGAGUGCGCCUACGGAACGCCGCACCUGGCCAAGGCCGAGAUGACCGCGUCCUCCUCCAGCGACUAUGGCCAGACAUCCAAGAUGAGCCCACGCGUCCCCCAGCAGGAGUGGCUGUCUCAGCCCCCGGCCAGGGUCACCAUCAAGAUGGAAUGUAACCCCAGCCAGGUGAACGGCUCAAGGAACUCCCCGGAUGAGUGCAGCGUGGCCAAAGGCGGGAAGAUGGUGGGCAGCCCCGACACGGUGGGCAUGAGCUAUGGCAGCUACAUGGAGGACAAGCACAUGCCGCCCCCGAACAUGACCACGAGCGAGCGCCGAGUCAUUGUUCCAGCAGAUCCGACACUGUGGAGCACAGAGCACGUCCGGCAGUGGCUGGAGUGGGCCGUGAAGGAAUACGGCCUGCCCGACGUGGACAUCCUGUUGUUCCAGAACAUCGACGGAAAGGAGCUGUGCAAGAUGACCAAGGACGACUUCCAGAGGCUCACGCCGAGCUACAACGCCGACAUCCUGCUCUCCCAUCUCCACUACCUCAGAGAGACUCCUCUUCCACAUUUGACUUCAGAUGAUGUGGACAAAGCCUUACAGAACUCUCCACGGUUAAUGCACGCUAGAAACACAGGGGGCGCAGCUUUUAUUUUUCCAAAUACUUCAGUAUACCCUGAAGCUACGCAAAGAAUUACAACUAGGCCAGAUUUACCCUAUGAGCCCCCCAGGAGAUCAGCCUGGACCGGCCAUGGCCACCCUACCCCUCAGACAAAAGCUGCUCAGCCGUCUCCUUCCGCAGUGCCCAAAACAGAAGACCAGCGUCCUCAGCUAGAUCCUUACCAGAUUCUGGGACCCACGAGUAGCCGCCUUGCUAAUCCAGGGAGCGGGCAGAUCCAGCUCUGGCAGUUCCUCCUGGAGCUCCUGUCGGACAGCUCCAACUCCAACUGCAUCACGUGGGAAGGCACCAACGGGGAGUUCAAGAUGACGGAUCCCGACGAGGUGGCGCGGCGCUGGGGCGAGCGGAAGAGCAAACCCAACAUGAACUAUGACAAGCUCAGCCGAGCUCUCCGUUACUAUUACGACAAGAACAUCAUGACCAAGGUCCACGGGAAGCGCUACGCCUACAAGUUUGACUUCCACGGCAUCGCCCAGGCCCUGCAGCCCCACCCCCCGGAAUCAUCUCUGUACAAGUACCCGUCGGACCUCCCGUACAUGGGCUCCUACCAUGCCCACCCCCAGAAGAUGAACUUUGUGGCUCCCCACCCUCCCACCCUCCCUGUGACGUCAUCCAGUUUUUUUGCUGCCCCAAACCCAUACUGGAAUUCACCCACUGGGGGGAUAUACCCUAACACUAGGCUUCCGGCUGGCCACAUGCCUUCUCACCUGGGCACCUACUACUAGAGACCUGAGCGAGGCCUUUCCCGACAACGUACAGUCCCCAAUCCAUUGCCACAGACUCUAUUGGAGAAUGCAAAACAGAAGUGCCUGAGAGCAGCGAGGAAGAAGUUUGGCUGGGACCAGGGGAGGAAGCCGGGGGAGAGGUGUAAGGACUCUUAGUGGGAGUGCACCCCGAAGUGAAGAGGAUGCUGAAAUGCCAUGGACGUGGACACUAUAAUCUGUGAAACAGCUUGUGGAAGCCAUUGUAGGUGGAAGCAUGCAAAGUGCCAAAGGAGGGGGUUCUCGGGACGUGUGCACGCUCUGGGGUGGAAUUUGGGAUCCUACUAAUGCAAACUGGGAUUGAACUCAAGCAAUAGAUAUAACACAGUUUUGACCUAACACACCAUUUAUAAUGCCGUUUUAAGGGAAACUACCUGUAUUUAAAACUAGAAACAUAUCAUAAACAAAACACAAAAGAGAGACAGACAGACAGACAGAUACUGUGGUCCAUCAGUAGACCCGUUGGAACCCAUUGGCGUUUGCUCUUUGGGUUGAAACUAGAUUCAUCCCAUUGGAUGGAGAGCUCUCGGCUCUCUCAAACUGUGAAGAUGAUCUGAAACUUCCAGCUUUUUUUAUAGUAAUACAGGAAUCACGGGCGAAGAGGUGGGACUAGGGAUGUGUUCAGAGAGGGCGUGUGGGCUGUAGACAGAGGGUUGGGGGUGGAGAGAGGAGAAGGCAGCGGAGGAGGAGGCAGGGGCUAGGGAAGACGUUCCUCCCGCAUGGGGGCUGGGCUGAGGACAGGUGGGACUGUGGAGGAUGGGGGCGGGGAGCCCUGCGGUUUCCAGUGGUCAGUGUUAUACCAAACCCAGUGUUAGUGCAAAAAGCCACGGUGUGAUGGAGGCUGAGGGGUAGGAGAGUUCAGAACCCAAACCAUGCAUCUCUUUUCUUUGUCAAAAGAAAAAUUUUAACUGGAAUUGUCUGAUAUUUAAACAAAAAAAAAACAAACCAAACAUUCAGGACCUCAUUGUGAUGUGAGGGCUUUGCCUUCCACGGGCCAGGCAGGAGAUGACCUGGCAGCCACCACAGUCAGAACCCCUGUGGGCACACUGGGCAGUCGGGCUCCAGCCACACUGGGCAGUUGGGCCCCAGGGUUCCCUUCCGAGUCACGAACGCUGUGCGUUUGUCAGAAUGAAGUAUACAAAUCAAUUUUUUUUCCUUUUUAUAUAAUAAUUAUAUAACUUAUGCAUUUAUACACUACGAGUUGAUCUCGGCCAACCAAAGACACAGGACAAAAGAGACAAUCAAUGAUAUAACGUGGCCUUGAAUUUUAACUCUGUAUUGCUUAGUGUUUACAAUAUGAAGUUAUUCGUUCUUAGGAUGCAGAAUGUAUGUAAUAAAAUAAGCUUG